AUGGCGGAACGGGAGGAUAUAGGUAGUCCAUUACUGGAACAAACUCUGACAAGUGAUGACUCUACUCGAAGUUUGAUAAAUGUCAGACGCUAUGUACAGCAAACUUCAACUGAGCAGCGAAAAGUUUGGGAGUUGAACUACAGAGAAGCUGCCAUUUACUUACAAGAAGGUCAAAAUAAUGAAAAGUUUCGAACCCAUCCAAAGAAUCAGAAUGCUGUGCCUGCUUACCUUAUUGUACAUAAUGUCUGGUACAAUAUAUUAGACUUGGCAGUUUCACUGUUAUUGUUGAUGCUGGCAUUAUGUGAACAUCCAGCAGUAAAGCCUUUCAGACUUGAUGAGAUAGUACAUGGAUCCUUAGAAUUAUUUGCACUUACUAUAAUAGGUUUGCAGCUUGGGAUGAAGAUGAGAUGGCUUGGAUUGAAAAUAUUUGUUACACAUAAACGGACUGCGAUUAAGUCUCUAACAUUGAUAGUAAUGUAUGCUGAAGCUAUUGUAGUUUUAAUACGACAAACGAAUCACUUCCGUGUCACCAGAGCUCUCAGACCCAUAUUUCUCAUUGAUACUCAUUAUUGUGGAGGAGUUAGAAGGGUUAUGAGGCAAAUCUUCCAAUCCCUACCACCAAUUUUAGACAUGUUGGUGCUGUUACUGUUUAUUAUGCUAUUAUUUGCCAUUUUAGCUUUCUAUUUGUUUCAAGCAGAUUCAAUCAAUUAUCAGUUUGACAACUUUGAAGAAAGUUUUGUUAAUCUCUUUGUACUACUCACUACUGCCAACUUUCCAGAUGUUAUGAUGCCUGCUUAUCACAAAAAUCGUUUUUAUUCGUUAUUCUUCAUUAUCUAUUUGGUAUUAGAGCUGUAUUUCCUAAUGAACUUGCUUCUUGCUGUUGUUUAUGAAACUUUCACAGGAAUUGAAAAAGAAAAGUUCCGUCAGUUAUUAUUACAUAAAUACAAAGGUGCCUCUUGUGCGUUUAAACUACUUUGUAGUACUAAGAAUCCUGGCAAGGUGACAUUUCUUCAUUUUAGUGGAUUAAUGAAAUACUUCAAACCUAGGCAUAAAAAGAGAGAUGUCUAUCUAUCAUUUAAAGCAUUGAAUGUCAAUGAAACUGGACUCUUAACUUUAGGGGAAUUUUGUAAUAUUUAUGAAAUUACCUCGCUGAAAUGGAGCCACUAUAAAGGCAAUACCCAUUGGUUUGAUUCUUUGCCGUUUGUAUUAAAUAUGAUUAUGAGGGGUAUACAUAAAUUGGUUGUGUCAGCGUUAUUUAAUUAUUUUAUAUAUAUUGUGAUUGCUGCCAAUGGCAUCUGGUUUUUAGUUGACACCGUCACACUCUCAAAUCAGCGAGCUAAAUUUGAGUUUCAUGAAGAAUUUGCUCUCACCUGGUACAGCAUCAUGUUUGUCUCAAUCUACGUUGUAGAGACUAUCUUGAAAAUACUUGCCCUAGGACCAAAGGAAUACUUCAAUUAUGGCUGGAAUAUGUGA